UUGAUUUAGCUGAAAGCUUUUCUUUGAGGCCAAUUUCAUGUGGAGUUGGAAAACCCUGUUUUAAGUUGGGGAGUGUGCCUCUUAUCAGAGACUUUCAGCAAGUGUUUCCAAAUGGGUUUCCAAAGGAAUAUUCCUUAACAGCCGCAUUCCGUGUUAGACGAAACAGCAAGAAAGAACGGUGGUAUUUGUUGCAAUUUUUAGAUCAACGUAACAUGCCACAGGUUUACAUCGUCAUUGAUGGUUCCAAAAAAGUUGUGGAGUACGUUGCACAAUCUCCCCAGGGGAAUUCACUGCGCUACACUUUUAAAAGCCGUGAGAUCCUUCCUGUCUUUGAUCGGCAAUGGCAUAAGCUUGGCAUCAGUGUACAAUCAAGGACCAUUUCUUUAUAUGUGGACUGCAGCUUAAUUGAGCAAAGACAAACGGAUGCAAAAGCCAGUCCUGACGUUCAAGGAAGGCUUCUUAUCACGACUCGUUCUUUAGAUGGCAAGCCAGUAGAUAUUGAACUUGGCCACAUGUUAAUAUAUUGCAACCCACAACUUGCUGCUCAGGAGACUUGUUGUGAAAUAUCUGAAAACAUGUGUCCUUUGGAAGAACACCUGAAAACUACUGCCGCAUCACCAUCAACUGUUCGUGUGAGUGAAAUACAUGCACUUCCAAUAAUGGAACAAAAACCUGAAGAAAAAUGCUUUUGCUAUCCAAACAAGGGAGAAGCAGGAUUGCCAGGAGUCGCUGGCUUGCCAGGCCAGAAAGGAGAAAAGGGUGAAGAAGGUUCAAAAGGAGAAAAUGGAAUUCCUGGAGAGAAGUCCAAUCACGUCAUUAAGAACAGCGCUAGUCGUACUUGUCCUUUGCUCUUCCCUAGUAGCUGA